AUGUCCAGCAACAACCACCUCCUGAUGAUUACUGGCAACCAUUCUAUGUUUCGUUCUGAUAGCGGCGGUAUUAUAAUCCCUACAAUCAAGCGCUCUGAUUUUCCCAAGGAUUUUGUAUUUGGCGCUGCAACGUCGGCUUAUCAGGUUGAAGGUGCUUGGAACGUACAGGGUAAGGGCAGGAGUAAUUGGGAUGUUUUCACAAUGUCCGAGCCUGCUGGAAUUGACGAUGGAAGCAAUGGGUGUACUGCUAUUGAUCAGUAUAAUUUGUUGAAGGAUGAUGUGGAUUUGAUGAAGAAAGUGGGCUUAGAUUCUUACAGAUUUUCAAUUGCAUGGACUAGAAUCUUGCCAGGAGGUAGAAUAUGUAAAGGCAUAUGCAAAGAAGGAAUUAAGUACUAUAAUGAUCUCAUAGAUAUACUCUUGGCAGCAGGCAUAGAGCCCUGCGUAACUCUAUUCCACUGGGAUGUUCCUGAAUGUUUGGAACUAGAAUAUCAGGGCUUCUUAAGCGAUAAAAUUCUGCAAGAUUUUCCAGCAAAAAAAGAAUGCAGGAGCUAUGACAAAGUGCACACAGUCUGCAUUUUAAUUCAAUUAAGUAUCAUAUUUAAACCUGUGAGAUUAUUUGAUGUUGUUGAGUACUUGGUCCAGCGGGACUGGAAAAUUGAUGAAAUGUCAGUGGCUGAAUUAUGUGCAAUCAUGAACUGA